AUGACACACGGUCCCGUCACGUCACGCGAGAGCGCAGCGCGCGGACCCUCGCACACAAAGAGCGGGGGGGGGGGAAAACGCGGGCACCAGCCACGGCCGCUCCAGCCGCCCCCCCCGCCGUCCCGGGGCUCCCGUGCCCCCGCGCACAGCCGAGGUAAGUCCCGCUGCUCGCCGCUCGUCGGACGGGUGGCGGGAGGGGUCCCGCUUUCGGGCAGCCCUCGGCGGGGAGCGCCGCCCCGGUGGGUAGGGGAGGAACGGGGACGGUGGAGCGGGGGGCGCACCAGCGAGAGCGCUGGGGAGCGGGAGGCGCGGGGCCAGCCCCUCCUCCCGGCGGCUCGGGGCCCCCCUCCCCAGCCACCACCGCUCUCCCUCGCGUCCCCUCCGCCUCCCCACGCCUCCCCGGGGCGCGGGCUACUGGGGACGGGGGGUUCUUUGUUCGUUGCGUGGAACGUUGCUAUGGCGCGGGGCGCGCCCGCCUCGACUGCCUCCAUCUGCGGGGCGAGGUGGGGGGGAAGGAGGAGGCGGAGGAGAGGGGAGAGUGGAACGGUCACGCCGCCGUCACCUCCAGCCUCACCUUAUCCCCUCCCCCUCCCCGCCUCCCCCCGCGCCGGCCACAUAGAUCCGCCCGGGCAGGGUUCGGACCGGAAGCACCAACCGCGGCCGCCGCCGCCUCGGGCUCGUGGGUCUGACCGCGGAAGCGGCCCCGGCCGCCGCGUGCGGGGCGCGCGGGGCGUCCUCACCGCAGCCUCCGCCCCCCCCGGGCGGGGCCUCGCCGCCGCGCCGCGCUCACACGUGGCGGACGCCGCUGCCGCCGCCCCUCCGCGGGGAGCCGUGGAGGUGCAGGGGGCGGAAGGGGAACCUCGGCGGUGCGGUUCGGUGAGGGCUGUCAGGGAGCUGCGCUCCCCGACAGCCGGUACCGUCUUUCCCCUGAUCCCCCGUGGUACCGGCUCCGCCCCCACCUUACGCCGAGGCGCCGCGCGGUGGCUCCUCGGGACCCCGUGGGGCAGCGUGGGGCCACAACAGGGCUGGAGGCGAGCUUCGGCUUGGUACAAGUGUUGGCAGUAG